CUAAGAGGUAGCAUUUUUAAUGUUUGCUUAGGUACAGUAGUUUCUGUGGAAAUAAUAACGCCGAAUAGAAGAAAAAAAAGUAAUAAAUAGAUAAAUUAAAAGUUUUAUGAGUUUUUUCACUGGAAUUAUGCUCAAUAGCACAGCAAAGCAUAUAUUCCACUGUUGUUUACUGAUAUGUGUGAUAUUAUUAUUCGAAUAUAUAUCAGGAGUAUUCAAUUGGGAUGUCGAAAACCAAAUAAAUCCAUGGGAACUAUAUGGCUACCUUGGUACAACAAUAUUAUACUCACUAAGAUUAUUAACACUAUUAUCUCUUCCUCAAAUUAUCUUCAACUUUCUUGGCCUAACAUUGUAUAAUGCAUUUCCUGACAAAGUUGUCCUUCAAGGAUCACCAUUCAUUGCUCCAUUUAUCUGCAUCCGAAUAGUGACUCGUGGUGAUUAUCCACAGCUUGUUAAGACAAAUGUGAAGAGAAAUUUAGAUAAAUGCCUUGAAGAAGGUUUAGAAAAUUUUCAAAUUGAAGUUGUGAGUGAUAAACCAAUAAAUAUAAUGUCACAUCGACGAAUAAGAGAAUUAGUUGUACCAUCAAACUACAGAACAAAAAGUGGUGCUUUGUUUAAAGCACGAGCUUUGCAAUAUUGUCUUGAAAAUUCAGUAAAUGAAUUAGCAGAUCAUGAUUGGAUUGUUCAUCUAGAUGAAGAGACUUUAUUAACAGGCAAUUCAGUAAGAGGCAUUUUAAAUUUUGUAUUAGAUGGGAAGCAUCAAUUUGGUCAAGGAUUAAUUACUUAUGCUAAUGAAGAUGUUGUCAACUGGAUCACAACAUUGGCUGAUAGCUUUAGAGUUGCUGAUGACAUGGGAAAAUUAAGGUUUCAAUUUUAUAUGUUUCAUAAACCAUUAUUCAGCAUGAAAGGAUCAUUUGUUGUUACUCAGAUGGGAGCUGAAAGACAAGUGUCAUUUGAUAAUGGUAUGGAUGGUUCAGUAGCAGAGGAUUGUUUUUUUGCUAUGAAAGCUUAUAGUCAAGGAUAUACAUUUAAUUUUAUCGAAGGAGAAAUGUGGGAAAAAUCACCUUUUACUCUAUGGGAUUUUGUACAACAACGUAAACGUUGGCUCCAAGGUAUUUUACUUGUUGUUCAUUCGAAAGCAAUUCCAUUCAAGAAAAAAAUCAUGCUAGCUAUUUCUUGUUAUUCAUGGGUUACUUUACCACUAUCAACAUCGAACAUUAUUCUUGCUGGAUUAUGUCCAAUUAAUUGUCCACGAUUGAUGGACAUGACGUGUGCCUUUAUUGGUGCAAUAAGCAUCUAUAUGUAUGUCUUUGGUGUUAUUAAAUCAUUUUCACUUUAUCGAUUUGGUUUAGCUCGUUAUAUCAUAUGUAUUUGUGGUGCACUAGCGACAAUUCCUUUUAAUUUGAUUAUCGAAAAUAUUGCUGUUAUUUGGGGUAUUUUUGGUAAAAAGCACAAAUUUUAUGUCGUUAGUAAGGAAUUAAGACCUCCUGUUAUUACAGUUUAGAAAAAAUUAAAAUAUUUUAUAGCUUUUUUUUAAACAUUCUUUUUUCCAUUAAUGCACGAAAGAUAAUCUCUAUUAUUUUUUUAUUCAUCAAGUACAAUUGAUAACAUUAUGAUUAAUGGUCAAGUACCUGUAACUCAAUUUAUUAAGAUCUGUUGUAAUAUAUAUUUUGAAUCAUUUAAAUUAAUUAACUUUUGUAAAGUAAAUUUAUGUUAAAAAAUAAGAUCUGAAUAAUUUGAAAUGCUGAAUGACAAUCGAGGAAUGAUCUAGAGAAGAGAAAGUUGUUUAAUAUCAUGAUAAAUAUUUUAUUAAGUUAAUUAGCGUUGUGCCAUGUAAUAAUUAUUUUUUUUUUUUUCAAUAUAGCAAAAAAUUUAUUCUUGAAAUAUAUACAAAUAAUAGAACUCAUUUUUUUAUUAUCUAGUCAAUACAGUGCUUAUUAAUGAAUCAAAUGUAAAGAUUAAAAUAUUAAUCAUCACAAUAAUAAACUUCCAGUUUAAAUAUUUUGCAUAUUAAUUAAUAGAUUUUUAGUACAGUAUUUACA